UGGUAUGCGAAAUAAGACCGCGUCAAAACCGCGUGCUCUCUCAGAUAAAAACAAUCGCGUGUUACUGAUUACUGAUAGAAUCCGAUACUACAGAGAAGAUAUACGCGUUAUCAAACGUGUAGUAUUGUUCAAUAAUACAAAAUGAGUGCGGGAAAUGUUGUAAUUCGUGAUAUGACGAGGGCGGACGUUCCUGUCGUACAUCAGAUGAUCAAAGAGCUGGCGGCGUACGAGGGAGUUCCAGACGGACCGAGACUGUCACAAGAGGAUCUCAUCCGGGACGGUUUUGAGACAUCCCCUCCGUGGUACUUCGGCCUAAUCGGCGAGCUCAACGGGGAAGUGGUGGGGUACGCGCUGUGUAACCGCGCCUACUCUAGCUGGACCUGCCGCGCGCUGUACAUUGAGGACCUGUACGUGCGGCCGGCGGCGCGCGGGGCGGGCGUCGCGCGCCUCAUACUGCAGCGGCUGUGCCAGCUGGCGGUGAAGCAGAACGUGCACCGCGUGGACUGGCACGUGCUGGUGAACAACUCGCUGGCGCUGGGCUUCUACCGGCGGCUCGGGGCCAAGGACCUUUGCGUGGUGGAGGAGCGCACCGCCAUGCGCCUGCCGCGCGACCGCAUAGAGGCCGUCGCGCGCGGUGAGCUGCUGCCCAGAGAACAGUAGUGACGUCAUGGAUAUGUUGCUGACGUAGUUUUUUUAUUGAACAAUGUUUUCACAAUAUAAGGUUCGGUAAAUUGAACGGAAACUUUGUGCUUAUGAUUUACGUUCAAGGUUCCCUGUAGGAUUUUGCUGGUGACCACAUUGCACUAAGAUCUUGGGCAAUCCUUAGCAGAAAUUUUCUAUUAUUACAUAAGUAAUUUAGGUUUGAUAAAAUCAUCAAGCCUAAACACUAUAAUUUUUGAAAAGCGAAUGAAAAACUAUUUUUUGAUAUUAUAUUUACUGUGGUCGCCUUUAAAGUGCAGUAUUUUGUAUGUUUAGCUUGAAAAAUGCUGUACGUAGCCACAGUAUAGCAAUAUUAGUCAUAUUGCUAUACUGUGACGUAGCUAUGUGCUACGACGCGUAGCUAUACGUAGCGCUUCGCUACGCAUCGCUACGAGUGCUACGCGCCGAAGCAGGACGUAGCGGUGUGCUACGCGCGGCGCCUACGUAGCGCUACGAAGGGCGGCGUAGCGUCUACGACGCAUAGUUACUUUACUGCUACCAUUUGCCAAUGAUAGCAGUUUGAUAAUUGAUUAUACCGCUUACUCGCAUGGAAGUAGCGGUUCAUGGUGCUUUGUACUUUACGUACUCUAGAUG